UGAACAGAACUAAUGUAAACAAACUCCAAAGUUAACAAAAUUUAAUUUGUGCGUGGAUCCGCGAUAAAAUCGUUUAUUUUUUGUAUAAAUUGUAAUUUUAUUGAGUAACGUAAAUUACUGUUAAAUUUACGCUAAAAAUUUCAAUUUCAAAAUGAAUCAGCUAUGUCGAACUUGUUUGCGCAGUUCGGAUGAAUUGCUGCCCUUAUUUGAAGCCAAAAUCGGGGAAGACUUCGUCACCGAUAUGAUAUUGAACGUGCUCAGGGUAGAGUUCGACGAACGGCCGAAUCUUCCGCAGCACAUUUGCGUGUGUUGUCUUAAAAAGGUAGACUAUUUUUACAGCUUCUACCAGGAGCUGACCAAAUGUCAAUCGGUUCUGCAGAUGUUGCUUGACGAAGCCGAUCACCACAUAACAUCGUCCCGGAAGCAAAUGCUCGCCGAAGUAGCAGGCGAUAAGUAUAGCGAUGGCAUCUUCGAAGAGGUGGAGAAGUUGGAAGAAACGGAAGAAGAACCAACAGAUACGGUCAGUUAUGAUAAUCACCUGGAACUGGGGCUGGAUGAACUAGGCGAUGUGAAAGAUACCCAAAUAGAAACUGUAGUAUUUGAGGAAGAAAAACAGUUCGAAGAACAACUCAUUGGUAUUAAAAUCGAGGCAGUUGAACCGGAGCUGGUGGUCCUGAAGGCAGAAACGGACAUUGAAUUCGAGGAAGAUUUUAUAGGCUUCGAAGAAACUAUUCCUGUGAAGAUUGAGGAGAUUGAAGAAACUGUUCCGGUGAAACUCGAGAUUGCCAAAACAUCCGAGAAAAGAAAAAGGAAGCCGAAACAAAAGGUACCCAAGCUUGAAAUAGUCAAAACGAUUCCAAACAAGUGUUACAUCUGCCAGCUUCAAUGUGAAAACAGAGAUCAUUUUGAUAUCCAUUUGUUGGAGCAUAAAGAUUUGUUACCAUUUGAGUGUGACUUGUGCAGCACUGCAAAAUUUCCAAUCAAGAUAAAGACACUGAUGUUGCUCAAUAGGCACUUUGAAUCGCAUGGCUUCAAGUACUGCUGUAAGCAUUGUCCACUCAAGUUUCGUUCUCAUCAGCCGCUCUAUGAUCAUACCCGAAAUUCACACGAGUUGAAUCCGGAAGGCCACACUUGUGAGGAAUGCGGUGAAGUGUUUGCCAAAAUCCGUUGUUUUCAGGUCCACAUGCGGAUCCACAAAUAUCGCCGAACCGAACGCUAUAAAUGUAAAUCAUGUGGAAAAGUUUGUCAGUCAUUCACUGCUUUGAAUGUACACCAACAAACCCAUUCGACUGGACCGACGUUCGCGUGUCCGAUAUGUGAAAAAACGUUCAAUAAUGAAAAUAACAUGCACAAGCACAAAAUACGACACGUUGAGCAGAUGCAAGAUGCAGAAAAGGGUCAUAAUUGCAAGGAAUGCAAAAUGCAUUUCACCACUCUUCCCGAUUUGAGAGUACAUAUGCGGUCCCACUUUCCUGACAAUCCGCUUUACAGCCCCAAAACAGCCGAUAUUUUGCCGGCUACAUUGAAAGAUUCCAGCUCUUACCCUAGGCCUUGCGAAGAGCCCGGUUGUUCUUAUGUGGCUCCGACUUAUGUGCUAAUGUGGUCCCAUUAUCGUAAACAUUACAAGCAAUUUCCAUGUAACGAAUGCGAUCGAAAGUUUGCAACGGCAACGAUUCUUAAAAACCAUGUCCAAAUAAUUCACAAAAAAAUCCGCCGUUUUAAAUGUGAACUGUGCGGCAAAGAGUACGGUUAUCAGCACAAAUACAAAGAGCAUAUGGAUGCCCAUAAAGGUAUUCGAGCGCAUCAGUGUCGAUUUUGCGGCCAAACAUUCACCCAUUCGUCAAAUUUGAUGAUACACGAACGCUUGCACACGGACAACCGACAGCAUGUUUGCCCUAUUUGCGGAUCACGGCUCGUGACAAGAGCUGCUCUGAAAAAACAUAUUCGGUCCCAUUCUAACCCGAAGAAUCGACUAGCCAGGCCACGCCGCAGUAAAAUCCCUGAGCUGAAUGAAUUAAAUCCGGCCUUUGCUGGUACGACAAAAGUGAUCAAAAAGAAGAAGAAAAAGCAGAAUGAUAUUCACGGUCCGGUCGAGGUGGUAAAAGAAGAAACGGUGCUGAUGGAAGAACAAGAAGACGUGAUUCUCGACGUUAUUUAAAGAACAGGACCUCCCAGGUAAUUGAAAUUUCAUACCUUUUCAUAAUACAUAAAUCUUUUUUUAAUUGAA